CCUAUGUAACAAACCUGCAUGUUCUGCACGUGUCCCCCAGAACUUAAAGUAUAAUUAAAAAUAAAUAUGGGGGUUUUGAGAGCAGUAACCUUAUAUUUUUUUAAGUAAGUUUUGUCUUUUCAUCUGUUGCUAUAACACAAAAAGAGCCAGAUGCAUUUUUAUUGAAUUUGGAAGGUGUGUUUGGGAUGGCCUGACUUAAGUGCUAAUCUGUGAAGUAUAUGUAACAUGAGAGAGCACUAGGGUAGCCAUUCAAAGCAGUAGGCAGAUAUUGUGGAGUGAAACUAAGCACAAUGCCUAUAGACUAGGGUGGUAUGAACAGGCGGAAAGAGUGUUGACAAUCAAGAAUUGUCAAUGGGAAUUGCAAAUAAGGAGACACAGCAGAAUGGCAGCUGCAAGCACUGAUUUGCAAUUAUGCCACUUUGGGAACUCUGAGUACUCCAGGGUGGGUAGCUGCCACAGCUUGCUUGCUUCUAAUGAGGAUUAAUGAUUCCUUUGAGCCUUACAGUGGAGGGCAGCUGGUAUGGAAUGAGUCUGCCACACCAAGUGCCACAGUGCUCAGUGGAGAUCUCUGGCUUUUACCCUGUUAAGUCUAUUUUGAUGGCCACAUUGACUGCUUAGAAACCAGGUCCCACCUCUUUUCUCCUGAGAGAGGCACUCCUUUCUGCCCUUUUGGCGCUUUUGAUUCUCUUUAUUUCCUUCUUCUCUUCCUUCUUUCCUGCUAGCCCUAGUGGAUCAUUUGACAGCUUUCAGGGAUCCAGAGAACCUAAAGCCUAAGUGUUUGGUUUCCUAGGCACUCCCUUACCCUACAAAAGACAAAUGCAAGUCAGCUUUUAAAACAAGCUAAGUGUGUUUAUUUUUUAUUUUUCAAUAUUUGAAGACACUCUGGGGUGGAACAAAAUUGAUGCCAAGAGUCUAAUUUAAAAAGACGGUUUUUUUGUUCUUUCCAUAGAAUGAUUUUUGCUAGGAAAUGUAUGUAUAUUUCCAGACAUACUGAUUUGAGGGACCCAUUAGCCAGAUACAUGCAACCUGGUUAGGGGUUGAUUUUAAACAUUGGAUAGAGGCUGAAUUAUAUAGCAUAAUCUAUAUAAUUGUUAUGAAUUGUUAAAAAUCUUCGUGUUAUAUCAGUUCUUAAGAUAACAGUAGAAGAGAAACCAAUAGUAGUCAUAUGUUCAUUUGUUGGUGUGCACUGAGUUCUGCCUAAUAGGAGAUAGGUCAGGAUACCCAGAGAACUAGUACAUAGUAAAUUCCCUGGCUCUAGGGAGUUUAUAUGUGAGACUAUGUUUAGAGGAAGAUAACUGACACUGAGUUAAUUAGAAGGGCAGCCAGUAUAAAACAGAGAUUAAGAGCCACGGACUCUGGAAUCAGAUCAGCUUUUGAAUUCUAUUUCUACCAUUUGCUAGCUUCAUGAUCUUGGAGAAGCUUCUUAUCUUUGAGCAUUGCUUUCUUCUAUAAAAUAUGGAUAAAGUUGCCAUAAUAAAGAAAAUAUUCUUUGUGUGUCUGAAUACUGUAAAUUUGGCCCCAGAAUAAAUGCUCACCAGGGGGUUAGCUAUGCUACAUUGUUUCCUGUGGGUCUUUAGAGACUGGGCUGGAAGAGCCUUACAAGCAAGCCAACACUUUGAUGACGGCUGUAUCGCACAGUUUCACAAACCCGAAACUACACUUGUGAAUAGACCAUUUUAAUUUGUUUUUUAUUUCCUUUUGAAAUUAGUGACCCUUUGAAUCUGGAUUGAGUAAGAGCUGCCACUUCCUAUGGCCAUAUAAAUCACAGUAAUUGAUCAAUCAGGAGUAAUUCUUAAUUUACAUCUUAGUGUGAACAACAUGGUAAUUCAUUGCAUAUGUGCUGACGUAAGUGUUCCAGAAAUAAGGUUAAACAACCGAGUGUUCAAUAUCAGCUAUUUUUAAAGUGCCAAAAACAUUACGGUUUCUGUUUUUAUGUUGACUCACAAGGAGUAUUGGGAUUUUCUUAAAAUUAUGAGUAGUUCAUAUUUCUUUAGCAAAAAUGUUCCUUAAAAUUGAAAUAGUUGAGUUUCUUUUUAGGGUACCUUUUUAUGUCUUGAUAUGAUGUGAUACACCAUUGUAGAAAAAUUGAAAAAUAAGACAUAAAGAUGAAUAUAGAAAUUCUUACUGAUACUAUUAACUUGACAAAAUCUUUAUCGGUUUUCUCAUUCAGGAAUGGAUAUGGUAGCUUCUGUAUUAGAAAUCUGAUGGGGCAUGGGAAUUGCAUAAGGAAACACAUAAUAUUUUCAUUAUUUGUUCCAAAGUCUAGUUUAAAUGAAGUGGGAGAACUUCAAGCAAAAUAGGAUUAAGUAUGAUUUUGUUGCAGUGUUAUUAUUAGAUUUCUGAUACUUUGUGUCAUUCUUUGAAAUAUCUGAAAGAGUGUUCUUAUAAGAAACGUGAGUGAGAUAAUAUUAUCAUGAGGGGGAAUUGGAAUAGAAUUGCUGGUGAUAUGGGAAUUUGUAGAAGCAAGAGGAUCAAGGUAAGUUUGAAAACUACAAAAAAAAAAAAAAACACUUUCUUUUUAGAUGAUGGUACCAAAGUUGUUAACAUUUAUUAUUUCUCCAUUCAAAUGCCCAAGUUAGCAUCUUAGUACCUAGAGGACUAAUUCCCUCUGGUCUGUGAACCAGUAGAGAGAGGCCUGAUCAGAGGAAGGACACUAAGCACUGAGUUAGACGGAAUGGUUUUCUCACAGAAUUGUUACCUAAACCUUGGUAUUUGAAUUCUACUGAAGUUCCAGAGGAUACUUUAACUUUUAUUAGCUACAGUCUUUUAAAUCUGUGUUUUGUCUUUUUUUUUUUUUUUUUUUUUUUUUGAGACAGAGACUUGCUGUGUCUCCCAGGCUGGAGUACAGUGGCGUGAUCUCAGCUCAUUAUUGCCUCCGGUUCCCAGGUUCAAGCGAUUCUUGUGCCUCAGCCUCCCAAGUAGCUGGGAUUAUAGGCGCCUGCCACCCCACCCAACUAAUUUUUGUAUUUUUAGUGGAGGUGGGGUUUCACCAUGUUGGCCAGGAGGAUCUUGAACUUUUGACCUCAAGUAAUCCACCUGCCGCCCAAAGUGGUGGGAUUGCAGUUGUGAGCUACCAAGCCCAGCUAAUAUGUGUUUUGAGAAAUAAUAUUUUUUAGAUUAUUUAGCAUUAAAGGGCUUGUAAAAUACAUAUGUAUAUGUAUGACUCUAUAUGUAUAUUAUCCAUGGACAUUUAUGCCCGAACCUCACACACUUUGUUGGCUUCACAUUAGUAACUCAUGAGAUUUUGCUUUCAUUUUGUAUAAGUCAUUUGUUGAAGACCCGAAGACGAAUUAGAUGAAGUUUCAAGCUGGUUUUUUUUUUUUUUGAAAUGGAGUGUCGCUCUCGUUACCCAGGCUGGAGUGCAAUGGCGCAAUCUCGGCUCAUCGCAACCUCUACCUCCUGGGUUCAGGCAAUUCUCCUGCCUCACCCUCCUGAGUAGCUGGGAUUACAGGCACGCACCACCAUGCCCAGCUGAUUUUUUGUAUUUUUAGUAGAGACGGGGUUUCACUACGUUGACCAGGAUGGUCUCGAUCUCUUGACCUCAUGAUCCACCCGCCUUGGCCUCCCAAUGUGCUGGGAUUAUAGGCGUGACCCAACGCACCUGGCCAAGCUGUUUUGUAUAUAGUCUGCAUUUAAUAAUCUUUGUUCAAUCUUUGUAAUAAAUGAAAGGAGAAUCCUUUGGGCAGAUGGUAUUAUGUAAAGUGGUGACAAGGAAAUCUUUAUUUUCACAUAGGGACUUAAUUACUUGUGAAGUGUAUUUAUAGGUAACUUUAGGUUGGUUUGCUUGAUAUACUUAGUAAAUAUUAAAAGUGAAAUUCAGAGAUUCUUCAUCUGUUACACUUACUAGAUUUAACAGAACAUACAGGGAGUUACACUGAUUCAAAGGGAAAAGGACAGGAAGGAAAUUGCUAUUUCUAUUUAAAUAACAUUUUUCUUUUUUCCUUUAGUUUGUUUAAAAGUUAAGCCCAUAUGAAGUGUUUGUUUCCUUUUGUCAUUAGAAUAUUAAAGGAUUCACUAAUAAGAGCUGUUUGUGGCCAUUUAUAAUAAUUCAUCCCAGUUCUAGGUGAUAUUUUAAAACUUUAGUAGAGAUAGAAGAGAGAAAUUCGAUGUGCUUCCUUUCAUUCUGAGUCAGCUUCUUCCAGUCUUGAUUAAGCAUGAUGUUUGUGACAAAUAUAAACCAAAAGCAUAUAAAAAUGACAUCCUAUCUCCUGGGAGGAUGGACCAUUAAACUGUUUUAUGAAUACGCAAGAGAGGAAAUCAGUCCUUCUGAUGUAUCAUGGGAUAGUGGAGAGAGUCCCCUUCAUUGGAGGAAAAUCAGAGUGAAGGAUGGUCAGUGAAGCCUGUUUAGCAUUUUGCACUGAUCAUCAAACCUAAACAAGUGUUUCUCAGACUUGAGUCAGCCAUGUACCACUUGCUCAGUUUUUGCCAUAUACGUGCCACCUGUUUUGCUAAAUGCUUAACAUUAUUCUUAAAGCAACAUUCUUUUAACUUCAUUUUGAAAAGAAAUUGUCAUGACUGUAAAUGGAAAGUCAUUGUCAUGUGUUGUAAAUAAAAGAGUCAAUAUAAACAAUGAAAAUGUAGAGUUAGUCAAUUUAAACUAGAGAGUUAGCUGAAAACUCUGGUCCUUGAGCCUUGCUUUCCCUUGUCUAAGUGAAACUAUUCAGUGGGUGUAGAAGUCAGGACAAUGUCGGGAAACGGGCCUGAGGAGGGCUUUUGAGGAUGCUGGUCCCAUUCUGCUCCCGAUCUGGGUAGUGGUUAAGGAGUGUGCUAACCUGUGGAAAUGUACCAAGAUGUACACUUGGGAUGAGUUCACUUUCUGUAUGUUACAUUUAUAUAAACUUUAUCUUUAAAACUGUUGUUACCUGUUUAUAAUAGCAAAGACCAUGGAUCCAACCCAAAUGCCCAUCAAUAAUAGGCUGGAUAAAGAAAAUGUGGUAAGUAUAUACCAUGGAACACUCUGCACCCAUAAAAAGGAAUGAGAUUAUGUCCUUUGCAGGGACAUGGAUGAAGCUGGAAGCCAUCAUCCUCAGCAAACUAACACAGGAACAGAAAAUCAAACACUGCAUGUUCUCGCUCAUAAGUGGGAGUUGAACAUUGAGAACACACGGACACAGAAAGGGGAAAAGCACACACCAGGGCCUGUUGAGGGGUAGAAUGUGAGGGGAGGGAACUUAGAAGACAGGUUAACAGGUACAGCAACCACCAUGGCACACAUAUACCUGUGUAACAAACCUGCAUGUUCUGCACGUGUCUCUUUUUUUUUUUUUUCUAGAAGAAAGAAUUUUUUUUAACUGGUGUUACAAACAUUUUUGCCCCAAAUUGACUGUCCUCUAGAUGUGAGCAGAUAGGUUAGAGAUUGACAGUGGAAUGACUUUAACUUGGAUUAGAGAUUGACAAUGGAAUGACAUCAUGUCAGUCAAUGUCCUUUAAAUGGCAGAGCCCAGGGCCACUUAAAAUAAUGUGAAGUGCUCCCUGACUUCAGCUUGCCCAGGGCUGUCUGUACCAGUCUGAGCUAACCUCUUCAUGUGGCUGCUUUGGUUUGGUUGGUUGAGAAAAGGAAGAGUCCUUGGAGAUUAGAAUCCACUGUAGAGAGGAAGAAUUCUUUCACUGCUAAAAACUUCAGAGGCUGGAAGGUAAAUAUUAAUGUCCCUGACCAGAAACUGGAGAAUCCCUCUUUGAUAAACAAACUUUUGUUUGUUCAUAUACAUCUCUGAAAAACUAUACUAUCUUUUUGCAUCUGUAGCUAUUUACUCUACGUACAUUUGUCCAUCGUGACCCAAGCAUAAAUAUAAGUACAACUCAAAUAGCAACUCAUUCUGCACUGUUCUUUGAAAGAGUAUUCUGCAAACUUUUUUGGUACUGACCUCCAGUAAGAAAUACAUUUUAUAUAUGACCCAGUAUAGCACUCACAAAUGUAAGUGGGUCUGGUAUGUAUGUAUAAAAAUGAAAAAAGUUUCAUGCGAGAUAUUUACCCUUACUACAUGAAAUGUAGUCUGGUUUUUUUUUUUUUGAGACGGAGUUUCGCUCUUGUUACCCAGGCUGGAGUGCAAUGGCGCAAUCUCGGCUCACUGCAACCUCCGCCUCCUGGGUUCAGGCAAUUCUCCUGCCUCAGCCUCCUGAGUAGCCGGGAUUACAAGCACAUGCCACCAUGCCCAGCUAAUUUUUUGUAUUUUUAGUAGAGACAGGGUUUCACCAUGUUGACCAGGAUGGUCUCGAUCUCUUGAUCUCGUGAUCUACCCGCCUCGGCCUCCCAAAGUGCUGGGAUUAUAGGCUUGAGCCACCGCACCCGGCUUAGUCUGGUAUUUUUAUCAUUUUUCUUUUAAUGCUGUUUGCCACCCACUAAGUUGAUUUCAUGGCUCACUAAAGAACAGUGGCCCACAGUUUGAAGACAUUCUGCUUUGGAGGACAGAGCUGUGCCUUUGUGUUAACAGCAGAUGUCUUUCUGAUAUUGUACCCUGGGGUCUGUUGGAUCUGCUCAUGGUAUAACUAAAUCAAACCUGUUGGGAAAAGAACAGAGUCAAAUUUGAUAUUAGAUUAUAUAGGACUAUAUUUAUAUCUCCUCUAUGUGUCACCUUUCCACUUACGAACUUCUUACUUGAGGCAAAGUUCAUGGGCUCUGCACAGCACCAACAAGCGGAUGGUGUUAACUGCUGGUCGUUUGCAUCAUCAUAGACUUACCACAAAGGGAUGUUGCUCCAGCCUUUGGAGGCCUAACUCAUUUCUAAGUGUGGAGCUUUCAUGUGCAGGGUAAUUUCAUCUCCAGUUGAGGACAUUUGUAUCAGCUUAAUGUUCCAUGUGGAUGCUUUGUGUGGCACGUGUGGUGAUUGCCUGCACUCUGGAUUCUGGUGAGAAGGUAGUAAGUUAUACCUAAAUAGGCUUCUGAACCCAGCAUCUCUGAGACUCCCCUGGUGAAGUGUCCCUGUGAGAUUUGCAGUUUGUUAGGAAAAGGUCAAGGAAAGCCCUGCUUGAGUGUAAGCUCUUGAGAGCAGGGACGCAUUGUGCUCUGUGCACCCCAUAUUCUCAGUACAAGCACCGUGCCUGGUACAGAGUAUUCAGUCAGUAAAUGUGUGUCGCCUGACUCAGAAAUAGAUGUUCAAGUCACACAAUCAACUUUUGAGAGCAAAACUGCAGGCAGUCUAACAUUAGAAGCAUUCAGGGCAGGUGACGGUAUGUCAUGAGGCCUUGGGGGCAUUUGAUACUGUGACAACACCUCCUGCAGACAGGUGGAAUCUGCCAGCUGUCCGCACAGGAAUAGCAGCGGGUUAAAAUAAAUAUUUCUCCCAAUGCCAGGAGGAAUUUAGGAGUAAAGAGUUCCUUUAUUUAGAAGCAGGGGAAUGAAUGGGCUUGCCAGAGAGAAACCGUGAGGAAUCCCUAAUUUUGCUCUUUUUCAAAAAGAUAAAUAUAAUGGUACCGUAAGAAAAUCAGGAGUUUAAUUUUUGGUAUUCCACAUUAGGUUUUGUAAAAACUAAACUUUGAAUGUUUGCUGCAUUUAUGAAUUCCAAUAUUUGUAUUUUAGGUAAACUUUUUUCUUAGUUCUGUUUAACAAGACUUAGGAAAUUGCGUUGUCUCUGGUUGACUGGCUGUAUGCAAGACAGUGUAAGUUUCCUUUAGCAGUUGUGCUUUUUGCUUAUGAAGGUGCCAGCUUUGCCACUGUAUUUGGGAAAUAUUUAAAAUUGGUCAUCUUUCUCCUCUCCUUCAUUCUUGGAUCUUAUCUGCCUGUUGAAACCCGUUUUGGCAAUAUAAAAUCGGUAGCAACUAAGUUCUGGAAGAUGCCUUUGCUGACAUCUAUUUUGAGUGUGUCAUUUCUUCAAUGGAAGUUUAGUCUCUAUUGUUGUCACAGAAUUUCCAUACAUGUUCCAGGAAAUAAUGCCUUUGUUACAGCUGCUUAAUUAAACCGAAUUCUCAGUGAAGUGAUAAACCACAGUGGAACUUUCUGAGUGUUUCUGGGGGUGCACUGAUGUGGCAAGGGGGUGGAUGCAAAUGAGGACAUUAAGCAGAAGACCUGAGAAAGGUCUUCAUGGCUUCCUACCACUAGACCAAAACCUUGCUUUGAUGAGCAAGAUGAUAAAGCCUGUAGUAAUAAACAAAUUUAUUUUACCUUUUUGUUGUUAGCUAUCUGCCAAAAUGUCGAUUUGUGUUCUGUGCUGAACUCGUGAGGAAAUGUGACAAGCUGAAUUGAGGAAUAUUCUCAUAGAAUGACCAUUAUGCUGAACACAAUGUAAAUCUUAAUAUAAACCAAGAGACCAAAUAGAGACCUCCUAAUAGACAUUUCUGAUCUGUUUUUCCAAUUCCAUUUGCUAAGAAACUUUAAAACUUGAAUCCCUAAACUUUAGAAUGUUAAAACUAAGAGCAGCUAUCUUAGUUUUUGCUUUAAACACUCAGCCAAGAAAGGAAACUAAAAUUGUUUAGCGUUAGUGGGGCAUCUGCUUGUGUGUUUAUAUGCCAGCCAAUUUAAAGCUGAAAUGUUAUCUCUUCAAAGUGGAGGCUGCCUGGACUCACAUUAAAAUAGUUUAUUUUGAAAAAAAAUUUAAAGAUUUCCAAAGGACUGAAGGAGAAGAUAAAGCCAAACCAGUGCAGUUCCUCUGUUUUUUGGGGGGUGUGAAAUGGCAGAAGUCAUUCAAAUGGAUGUUCUUAGUGGGUGAUGUCGCAAUUAUGAAAGUUACAAAGAUAGUGAUAAGCACUCUGAAUAUUUAGCUGCUUAUAUCAACAUAUAUAUAUAUAUGUAAUUUUGAGUGCAUUUAAGGUAGCAUGUUGCUUAGCUUGGUAUUCUAACUAGAAUGAACAUAUUAAUGAUAGAAUGCAAUAUAGUUUUUGUGUUACUUUAGAGAGACUGCCAUGGAAUGCUACAUACCAUUAGUAAUACUAGAACAUACCAUUAAGUACAUACCAUUAGUAAUACUAGAACAUACCAUUAAGUACAUACCAUUAGUAAUACUAGAACCUAAAUCAGAACACUAGAGGAAUCAAAAUAACUGUUACGAGUGACUUUGAAACAAACAAAAAACUGGGUAGUUAUAUUAAAUUUAAUUAGUGUUUUCUCUCUUGUAAAUCAGCUUUUAUCUUCUUAUCUACAACACAAAUGCAUAUUCACACAUACACGUACACACACAGGCACUGUUCAAUGAAGCACCAUUUAACUUGUGCUGGAAAGGUAGCCACUCACUUAGUUGGGCAAAGCGUGUUUUUAGCGCUCAAGUUCAGCUCCAAAGUGAAAGAGUCUGUCAUUAUCCUGUUUCCUGGGUGGAAGUGGUUCUUUUUCUGUAUUUAUCAUUUUUUUCCUUUCCUUCCUGAUACACCCCUGUGCCACCUAAAGUUCAGCAGCAAUCUUGGAAGAUGCUCCUGUAACAUGGAUGCCAGAUUCUGCUCAUUAAAAGAGUUGAAGUAAAACUCGCAAGGUAUAAAGGACCUGCUUUUUAUUCCCUCUUUUUUUUCUUCCCUCAUUUACCACACCAGACAGAGGGAAUAUCCUGGUCUUGUCAGAGACAGAAAAUAACUGCCCGGCAUUGGAAGGGAAAGCAUAAAGGUAAUUGUUGGUGGCUUCAUGUUACAGACCACCUAGGAGACAGAGCUAGAACAUGACCUCUUUUAGACCUUAAGGAAACUGAAAUGCCAUUUUCAUUUAAUUUAGGACAAUACUGAAAGUGGUGGUAGACACCUUGCUGGAGAUUGGAAAUAAACUAUUUUUACAUGAUGUUUGGGUUGCCUACUAGUCUAAUAAGCUGGCCAUGGCAUUCCCUUGAGCAGAGUCUAAUGUGGGAUCUGUUCUUCCAUCACACAUUUGUGAGCUCUUCACUGUCAUGAGUUGGCCACCUUGAGGGUGGACUCCUAGAGUGAUAAACUGCGGGAGGUACUGUGGCUUUAGGUGAGUACGGACCAGAGGCCACCCUGUCCUCUUUGGCUGGCAGAGUUUUCUCCCUUCCUGUUAGAUUUUGUUUUGGGCACUGAAGGUGCUUAUGGGGGAAAGAGAAGCUCCUGCUGUGUUUCCGUGGCAGAGCGUGACCAGAUGGACACACAGGGAGAAAAGGAAGAAGGUGCAGAGUAUCACGGGUGGGCUAGUGUAGGGGAUCUAGCAGAGUUCACGCAUGUGUUCCCAGGUGAAAAGGUCUAGAAACCAGUGCUGAGAAUAUCAGCUGCUACCCUGAGGCUGUUUUCACCAGUAUAGUUAAAUCUGUUAUUUCAUGGUCCACAGAAGUGCUUAUGUAGGAAGAAUUUACUUCCAUAAAUUUCUACCUCAGUCAUGGUAUUGAGCAGCAAUAUGUAUAGUGGAUAAGAGUCAGCUAGCUGUGUCCGUUUGAAUCCCAGCUCUGAUAUUAUUAGCUAUGUUGCCUUGACCUAGUCCUUAAAUUUUCUGGACCUUCAUGUUCUUGCUUGAAAAAUGAGCACAACAGUUCCUAUCUCAUAAGUUAGGUGUGCUGAUUUAAAUGAGUCUGUGUGAUGAAAUUGUAUGCAUUUAUUAAAAUCAGUGAGUCAUACCUGUGUGUAUUGGAGGAAUGGGCUUCUUCCUAAUGUGCUGUAUUUCAUUGUCCCCACAACACUACAAUAACAGUAUCAUUCUCAUUUUACAAGUGACACCACUGAGACUCGGGGUAAGUGCCUUCUCAGAGGUCACAUAGCAGACCACUGCAGACAACAGGAUUUGAAUCCACAUCUGGCUCUGUGUGCUCUCCUUUAUGCCACAUUUCUGUCCAGCCAGAUCCCAUGCAAGUGGACAGUUAGAGCCUCAUUAAAGUUGUUGGAGCCUUAUUAAGUGAGCAAGUGUAUACAAAAUUGUGUAUGUAUAUAAACAAUAAUCAUAAAAAGAUUUGGCCAAUUAUAUAUAUAUGUAAAUUUUGUUUUAAAGAUUAUUUUUGUUAGUAUAGGUAUGGGAAAUAAUGAGAAUUUACACACAGCAUGUUGCCAGCAGUGGCCUAUCUUGGCGAGUGGAGUGGCUUCUGAGAUUUUUUUUUUUUUUACUAUAAUGUAUAGUUUAUUUUCUUUAAAAGAAAUCUUUCAUUGAAUGCACCAUCCCCCAAAUUAAAAUAUUGUGCAGAGUUGCCACAAUCAUUGAAACAAUAGAUAUUUUAAAACAAAAAAAAAAACAAAUUUCCACCUGCCUUCCUAUCCUUUUCGUCUUCCCAUGCCCUGAGGUAAGCAGUUUGCAGCCCAGCACAAAGCCUUCCAUAGCCUUCUUCAUGAUGACAUAAAAUAGAAACACAUGUACACAUAUGGGAUGUCAGUGUUUCUUUUCUUUUUUGAGACAGGGUCUCAUCCUAUCACCCAGGCUGGAGUGCAGUGGUAUGAUCUCGGUCCACUGCUGCCUCAACCUCCUGGGCUCAAAUGAUCCUCCCACAUCAGCCUCCUGGGUAGCUGGGACCACAGGCACAUGCCACCAUGCACAACUGAUUUCUUGUAUUUUUUUUUUAGUAGAGAUGGAGUUUUGCCAUGUUUCUCAGGCUGUUCUUGAACUCCUGAGCUCAGGCCAUCUGCCUGCCCUGGCCUCCCCAGUGAUGAGAUUAUAGAUGUGAGCCACCACUUACAGCACUUUUUUUUUUUUAAUCAUUGUCUUUACACAGAUGCAAUCCUCCUGUGCUCGUUUUCCAGCAUGUUUUCUGUAACAGCAUAUUGUGCCCAUUCCUCCAAUAGAUACAGAUGUAACUUACUGGUUUUAACAAAUGCAUGCUGUUUCGUCAUAUGAAUAUGACUGUGCUUUACUCAAUGACACUUCCAUUGAUAGAGCCUUAAAUUGUUCUGCAUUUUUUGGACCUACAAACAGCACUGUAGUAAUGUCCUUCUACCUAUUUCCUAUAGUCCUGGGACUCAGACUCCAAGAAGUUGCGUGCAUAAUAUACACUCAUACAAUUUUUUAAAUUGUGUUUUCCACAAUAAGCAGAUAUUUCUUUACAAUCAGAAAAGAAAUCUUAAAUAUAAUAAAAAUGAAAUCUUAAAUAAAAUAUAAAUAACUAAAUCACACAUUCAUAACCACACACAGAUAUACCCACACAAAUUCCAAGGCUGGUUAUUGAAAGAUGUGUCUUCCAAAAGUAGAGGCAUGUUUAUUCAAGGACAAACAUAACAUGGUUGGGUGUAUGUGUUCAUAGCAUGGGGAGUGUUUAGUAUGUUUUACAAUAUGAGGAAAAAUAAAAUACAUCAUAAGCAAACUAUCAGUUCUCUUUGAGAGAAAGCUGCUCACACACACACACAGGUGAUUCUCUCUAUAAAAACUUCCAAAGGAAUGUUGUUUAUGCUUUUGCGUAGGUCUUUUUUUGUGUGGGAGUAGAUCUGAACUUUGGAAAUUUACACUUGAGUAAACCUCAAACUCCAAAAUACAUCCCUCCUCCCCAAAAAGGGCGUUGUACUGAAAUAAAAUCUGUUCCUGGUUUCUUCUGGUAUGUUAUGUCAAAGUUGUUGACUGGAUUCAGUAAAGGCAGCUGUACUGUAUUUCAGAAAUAGUAUGAAGUAGAUUUUAUUGUUAUAAAGCAAGAUACACUUGAAGCCACAAUCUGGGAAAAUAGCAGCAAUAACAAAAUGUCAUUUGGGCAGAAUUACUCAGCCACAGAUGUCCAGAGAGAUAUAGGAAGAGGUCCACAUGCACUUUUUGUAGACAAACUAGUCAAGGUUAAAUAAAAGCGCAAUUUUGAGUCUUAGGCUGGAUGUCAAGAAAUUGCCUCAAAGGUGAAACAGCCCCAGCCCCAGAAGAGGUUCUGUUGUUACUUGAGUCACUAAACCAUUUGGAUGGAGGCCAGAGCAGCCUUCUCUUGGUCAAGUUCCCAUCUGUAGGAAAUAAUGCCUGGUGACAUCACAGGAUCACUUUGAGUCAGUGGUAAGGCAUAAUGCAAAGAGUAAUGGGAAACACUCUACACGUGAGAGAAUUCUGUAGAGCAGGGAAUAUGCUGGUGUGUUUGCCUCCCUGGCAAAGCCAGCAUGGCUGUGAGAGCCAGUUGCACAACAGACAAGAGGCCUGCAUUAUCUCGAAGCUCAGAUUCUUUGUGGUUUGGGGAAGACAGAACCCUGUAAGGAUCUGAUGAAAGUUAUGGAUCUUCAUGUCAAAAACUGCACAUUCUCAGAGGCUCUCAUCCCCUCUCCCUCUCACUUACACAUGCAAUUUUAUGGGACUUACAGACUCCUUCGGACCCUUCAUAAACCUCUGUUAAGAAUUCUUAAGUUCUUUGCAGGGUCCUAGACAAAGCUCUGAAAAUUGAUAUUCUUCCUCAGUCAAGAUCAACUCAAUGCUAAAAUGGAUUUUCUGUUUUUCAACUGAAUAAAUAAACACCCAUAGGAGCACUUUACAGAAUAUGGAGACUUGAGGGUCUGAGGUACCAAAUAGCAUGGAAAUGAUAGGUGGAGACUUACAGGGAUGUGGAAGGCCUUCUUUUCAUGAGUUGAGUUCAUCAUCUGAUGGCUGCUUCAAUGAGAUGGGAAAGUUUUCAGUUUUUCUGUAUAGGUCUGAAGGAGCUUAGUCUAAAUAUCGUGAUGUAAAUAUGACCACAUAUAAAUAUACACAGACACACACACAUACAUAUGUAUACAUUCUGUUUCUCUCUCUCUCUCUCUCUCUCUCUCUCCCCCCUCCCCUCCCCCAUACCUAAUUGAAUAGAUCCCACGGAGCAAACUUCAACAAUGGUGCAGUGAUUUACAAAAUAACUUGAGUUUCACCCUUACAACAGUCAGAUCCUCAGUGGCAGACUUCUUACUUCUCUCAGAGUGAAAUUCACUAUUACACAGGGGUAAUUUGCAGUGUACCACAUUCAGAAAAGCUGGUUAAAGUGUAGUCUCUGUCGUUUACAAAUUUGGGCUGAUUCUCAACACCUAUCCACCUCCAUGUUCUCAUCCAAAAUAUGCAAAUCAUAAUAGCACUUUCAAAAUAAGCUUGUUGGAAUUUGUAAAUUAAAAAACUUAAAGUGUUUAUGUGGGCCUUGGCACAUCUAACAUGCUAAAUAACUGGUAACUCAAAUUGAUUACUCUUUAUGAUUAUCUAGCAGUAGCUGUUUAUUGGUCUUAGACCCCAUAGAGUAGGAUUGCCUUUUAUCUAUUUGGGUUGCUAUAAUAAAAUACGUUAAACUGGGUAAUUUAUAAGGAACAGAAAUUUACUGUUAAUAGUUUUCAAGGCUGGGAAGUCCAAGGUCAAGGUGCUGACAUAUUCAAUGUUUAGAAAGGCUCUCUGCAUCAAAGAUGGUGCCUUAUUGUUUUAUCCUCACAUGGCGAAAUAGCCACAGGAGCUUCCUUGAGUCUCUUUUAAAAGGGCCCUAAUCCUACUCCCAAGGAUAGAACCCUCAUGACUUAAUCACCUCCUAAAGACCCCAGAGCUGUGUGCUCUGGAGAGAGCACUAUCAAAGACAUCCCACAGGAGGGAGCUUUGGGGAGGGACACAAAUCUAUGCUGCAUUUCUCCUCUCUCCCUUGGUUUUCCUCUGCUGUGCCCCAUUGACUGAUCCCAGCUAGAAGCCAGGGAGUAAGGGAGACCAGGGAAUCAUUCUAUACAGGAUAUCAUCAUUGGAGACAGAGGGAAGGUGGGAAAAGGGGAGCUCUCUGGUAGGAGGAGGAAAUGUGAUAUGGCACACGAUGCUCUUAGCAUGGAUUCCUCCAGUACCAGGGGCUCUUGCUUUUAUAAAUCCUAGUCAUCACAAACAUCUGCAUCUCUGAUUACAUGUGGAGUUGCAAUGUAAAACAUAAGUGAGUAAAGGAAGCGUGAGCAGAACUUUCCAUAGAAAUCCACUCACAGCAGAAGUUAGUCAUGUAAGGGUUUCUCAUCGCUUGGGUUGAUCAAGCUUUCCUCUAGAUUCAUCUUUCAGAAAAGUUGCUUUUGGAAAGACAUACUAAGCUCUCAAUUUGGGUUUGAAAGCAGGGAAAAACCCUCUUUGCUAGAAUGAAUGAAUGAAAAUUGACCUCUUAGAGAAUGAUUCAUCAACCAUGCAUGAGUGAGUGACUCCAUUCAGAAAAGUAUUAAUUUAGUCCUGUCCCAAAACAUCACAUCACAUUGCAUGGCAGAUUAAGGUCAGCAAAAAUGAGUGUUUUGACAACCCUGCAAUCAGUGCUAAUAGAGGCAUUAAAAAUAAGUGUCUUGAGAAUGUGGGUUGUACUUGAUUUUAAUGUGAUUUUUUUAACUUACUCUAUUUUGGUUUCAUCAUUCUUUCUCCAGAAAUUUCACUGAUCUCUUAAGACUUUGACUUCUUUAUCUGUAACUCUGAAUGUAUAGUAACGCACACCACCAAGAUGGUAAUUCUGUAACAUCCCACAUUUUUAGCACACAGGAUAUUCAUGUCUAUUAACAAGUGUAUUUAGGCAGUGAGUUCAAUCAUGCAAAAUUGAAAAAGGCAAAAGUUUGCUGAUUUCACCAGGCUCUUUAAGAAACUUGUGUUUGUUUGGUGGUGAUACUUGUCUUAAAAAGAUAAAUUGCCUAGUAUUUGGGGCGGACUUAGAAUUCUACUUUCAUCACCCUGAAAACUUGUUUCUCUGCCUUUUUAUAGCUGGGAUCACUGAUUUUAUUAUUCAGAAAGAAAAAGUACAUGUAAUGUCCCUGCUAAAGUCAGGCUAUGGCCUUCUUCUUUGUCACACUGGAACCUAGAAACACUAGCAGUUGUCUUGACUUGUAGAUUGACUGUGGGACAUAGUGCAACUUAGGUCUUGAGGAUACAAUUUUGCUCAGCCUAUGUCACGUGUGUAGGUAUCAGCUUUAUAUCAGCUUUAGUUUUGGAUGGCUUUGGGUAACAACUCUAAUCAUAUAUGUAAACUGUAUUAUUUUAAUCCGUCUCAUUUAGACCGUAUUCUCCCAUCCAUAACACUGGAUAGAGCUCAUUUUCUCGGUUUGGGGUAGGGGAGGGUAAAGAAAAGAUGUUGGCAGAAAAUAGGCAGCUCCCUAACCCACUGUGUGUGUAUGUGUAUGUGUGUAUAAUAUAAGAGUGUGUGUGUGUGUGUGUGUGUGUGUGUGUAUGCAGGCAUGUGCGUAAUUUUCUCCAAAAGACAUGACUCCCUGCAGAAUGACAGCAACAUAAUUGAAGAUGACUUCACUUGAUUUUUCUCUCCUUUUGUCCCUUUCUUCUUGCCUCAUCGCUUGGGCCCCCUUUUUCUUUCUUUCUAUUGUAUUUCUCCUGAACUUUCAAAUUAUGUGACUCUAAGUUUUGGCAGUCAAAUAUACAUUUGUUAAGAGGCUUACUGCUUAGGUAGUAGGCAAAAAUUGGUUUGAUCACCAUGAGGAAUCAUAGGAAAAAUUUAAAGAUUCAGGGAGCAGUUAAUUUGGUCUCCUGCUUGUCUAAGGAGAAAACAGAGGCAUGCAGAGCUGAAGGACUUGUUCCCAUUCCAUCAUCUGAUGGCUGCAGAGCUGGGACCGAACCCAGUCUUUUUUGCCCUUUCUACAAUGCAAUCCAGGUUCUUUCAAAUGCCCUCCUCUUUCUUCUUCUGAACUUUUUUUUGAGACAGAAUUUCACGCUGUCUCCCAGGCUGGAGUGCAGUGGCAUCAUCUCAGCUCAACAAUCUGUUGAACCUCUGCCUCCCAGGUUCAAGAGAUUCUCCUGCUCAGUCUCCCAAGUAGCUGGGAUAACAGGCACGUGCCACCCCGCCCAGCAAAUUUUUUGCAUUUUUAGUAGAGGUGGGUUUUCACCAUGUUGCCCAGGGUAGUCUCGAUUUUCUGACCUCAAGUAAUCUACCCACCUCUGCCUCCCAAAGUGCUGGGGUUAGAGGCGUGAGCCACUGCAGCCGGCCCUCUCCUUCGGAACUGUCUUGGUAAGGUUCACAUUUGCCGAUAAGCAAUUUAUUUUUUUUAAGCACACCUCACAUUUUUGUCUCAACUGCAAACAUGCAGUUUGGUAGUUAACUUUCUAUUCAAUUUGACUGCUGUUUCUCGCAUUUCUACUUCAGAACGUCACUUAUUCUUCAAAUUCUGGGAGAAUAAGAUGAGAUGAGGAUUCUUGGAGCAACUUCUUGUGUGGCAAUUCACUAAGCUCGUGACACAUGUUAGUUUGGAAAGGAGAUUUGCCUGGAAAAUGGGGUCUCCAAGCCCACUGGGAGGGCUAAGGUAGUACAGUGGAGUCAGUUGUGCAAAGAUGGCUUUUCCAGGUUCCAGGCACCGAUGUGAAGUGCGAGCACCACACAUAUUGUAUUUGCUCUAUAGUUAUUUGUGAACUUUCUCAAGAAGUAUCUGUGUAAUUAUAAACCCCUGUUCUUCCUUUUUGAUACAAUACCAUUUAUGGUCAUUGCUUUUUUAGGCAAUCAUUAAAUUACAGAGAUACUCAUUUUUGUGAUAAACAUGAAAUCCUUUAGAGCUGGGAGAUUUUCUGCUGUAUUAACUUUCUUACUUUUAAAAAACAAAACAUCAUUUUGCUGUCCUGUACCACACUUCAAAGGAAUGACACCUUAUCACAGCCCUUUGGUGAGCUGAGAGAUACAAAACUUGGUUAUAUUUGACAGCAUGCCCCAAUAGGACUGUGCUAUAAAUAAAGGGAUUGUUUAGCACAGAGCUGAACUGCCAGCGAUGGAAAGGGGCUAGAUGUGGGGGAUGCUUGAUUUGUUGUAAAAAGCACCUUCUUGUCUUUUAGGUUGAAUCCAUACUGGUUUCUGCCUUUUGGCUAUUUCGCUGUAUUAAAACUGCUUGUUCCCACUUUGGGAGGCUAAGCCAGGUGAAUUACUUCAGGUCAGGAGUUUGAGACCAGCCUGGCCAACACUGAGAAACCUCAUCUCUACUAAAAAUACAAAAAUUAUUUGUGCAUGGUGGUGGGCUCCCAUAAUCCCAGAUACUCUGGAGGCUGAAGCAAAGAAUCGCUUGAACCCGGGAGGCGGAGGUUGCAGUGAGCUGAGAUUGCACCACUGCGCUCCAGCCGGAUUCCCAGGAAAAAAAAGUACUUGUUUCACUGAACUCAUUGACUUCAUUUCUGUUUUUAAAGAAGUCUUGUGAGGGGAGUGGCUAAGAAGGAUUUCUCAGCUAUACCAGCUCAUUCUGCCUAAUUAGCCUGGUCAAGUACUCAGUUUGGUUGUAUCCUGGGGCAAGUUCUCUUGAUGGUGAGAAGAUUAGCAGUUAAGAGGCUCCAAGAGAGGGGUUAGAGUGUACUUAGAGGACAGCCUUUAGCUUUAGAAGAUAAUUGAUGUUUGACAUUUUUUCUCUUUAUAGGCCGAGUGUCAAAUGUCGAACAGGGCUAGAGCCCCCUCAUUAAUCCUGACAACUGUUACUUCUCUCUGAUGUUAGAAUAAAGGGUAUUUGCCCUUUUAAUUUCAGGCCUUCUUGCCUCCUGUAAACCACUCGUCCAGAGGAUGUACUAAGAGGCUGGCUGGAUGCUCUUCUGGGCAGCUAGAACUUUGCAUGUGUGGCAAGGCAAACUUGACCAGCUUAUCUUGAAUGAGAUAGAAACACCCUUAUAUAUUUGCUGUGAAUUUUUUUAAAGUGUUAAUGUUUAGACAGGGCACAGUGGCUCAUGCCUGUAAUCCCAACACUUUGGGAGGCCAAGGUGGGCGGAUCACUUGAGGUCAGGAGUUCAAGACCAGUCUGACCAACAUGAAGAAACCCUGUCUCUACUAAAAAUACAAAAAAAUUAGCCGGACAUGGUGGCACAUGCCUGUAUUUCCAGCUACUUGGGAGGCUGAGGCAGGAAAAUCGCUUGAACCCAGGAGGCGGAGGCUGCGGUGAGCUGAGAUUGCACCAUUGUACUCCAGACUGGGCAACAAAAGCGAAAUUCUGUCUCAAAAAAAAAGGGUUAAUGUUUAGUACUCACUAUGGUAAGGACCGUGUGCGCGUGUGCGCGUGUGUGUGUGUAUUUGUGUGUUGUGUGUGUGUGUGUGGCUAUUUUUAAAGCCUGAUAAAGUAUUUUUGGUGGACUUGCAUAGAUUUGGAAAAAUGAAAACCAUCUCUGACACUCACCUUUUACCACUGAGGUAUUCCCAUAUAACAGGGGUUGGCAAACUUUUCCUGUAAAGAGCCAGGUGAUAAAUAUUCUGCUUUAGGGGUCAUACAGUCUCUGUUUUAGCUACUCAGCUCUGCCACUGGUGUGAAAGCAGUUAUAGGCAAUAUGUAAAUGGUGAGCAUGGCUUUGUUCUAAUAAAACUUUAUUUAAUAAAACAAGUUGUGGGCUAGAUAUGACCUGGAGGAUGAGGUGUAUGAACCUCUGCUGGGAAGUUCUGCUGCUUAUAGCUCUGGCUUUGUGUCUGGAUUUCAUCUUAGAGGCUACUCUGCCCCUCGCUUUGCCUCCUCAUCUUUCCAGAUACCACAUUGCAGAUUGUCACUUGCUGCAGUCUGUAAUAAGAACAUAUGAUUCUGGGGUGCUAUAUAUACACUCUGUCUUUCCCUGGCAACCGAAGGACCUGGAGAUCUUGCCUAGCUAUUGAUCUGCUCUGGGGUCCUACCUUAAUAUGUUCUGGGGUCCUGUCCUGCCAGAGAGGAUCACUGUAGAACCUCUAAGAGGCCUUUGGGACAGGUAAAACCUAUCAGCAUUUCAACAAGUAACCUCUGGUUUCCAGCCAACUAUCAACAACCAACCUCUGUAUCUUACUAUAGGCUCUGAGAUAAGCCUAAUUUUGGCACUGUGGGACACAAAAGAGCUGAAAAUCUCCCUUUUGCUAAUGAUCUAUGUGGUAUUAUCUCACUUUAUUUCCGGUCUCUAGCCUAACAGCUCCAGGAGCUAUCUUUUUAGAAUUCCAGCUGUUUUUCCCAAGUUCCCCAUUAAGCCAUUGAAAUCCAAAUGUUGCAUAUCCUUAGAUUUCAAAAUGCAGGAGGGAAUCUGCAUUUUUUUAUUGAAAAAGGGAGGGGUUACUCUUGCAAAAUAAAGCUGCUCCCUCUGCCUCAUCCCUCUUGGCUUGAUGUGACUAUUUCUCAGAGUACCUGAUUGGUUGCUGUCUCUGGACAGUUCUGCUCCUUGUUUGUACUGCUGUUCCACGCUUGCAGUGACUCAGGUGUGCUUGGAACCAGGACGCAACCAACUGUGGUUGAGUUACAUGCACCCUGACAGCUGGAAUGUACAGUGUGAUUUAUGGGAGUUGUUCACACAGAGAUCCCCAGAUAGCUUGGUUUUCUGACAGCCAUGUGAAGUUUUGAGGUCCAGGAAAAAGGAAUACACUCCAAGCAACCAAUGGAUGGUAAUGACAUAUCUAAGCACUGUGAUGAAUUGAUCCAGGACUUGUUUUAUGUCAACUUAGAGUAUAUUAGAAUAGAACACAACAUUAGAUUUCCAUACAACUGAGUUAGCAGCUAGCAAUUUAACCACAUGAACUUUGUUACUUUGGAAGAGCUUUUUAAAAUUUCUGAAAGAGGGAUAAGAGGUAGGGGAAGAAAAUCAGUCCGUGUGACUACACAUUAAAUGGACCAAAACUUAGCAAAUUCACAGCGUGGGCAAACAGAUUUAAUGGUUUAUUUUUAUCAAUUGUUUUACAAUAGAAUUUGAAACAAGAAUGACUUUGGAUACCUCAAUUCUACCUAUUCACUCCAGCUUCCUUUUCUUUAAAAGAAAGAUACCAAAUGAAAUGAUUUUUAAGACCUUUCUUGCAUGGAGUCAAAAUUUUUUUGACGCAAACCUAAUUAGAUUUCUAAAAAUUGUCAUACUGUCCCUUGCUCAAGUACAAAAUUGCCUAGGAAAAUUUUCCUAGACCCAAUCCCAUGCUCCAUUCUUUACCCUGCCGUAUCCCAGCCCGAGGAUUGGAGUGAGUGGAAAGUAUAUUCCUGUUUUUUUCAAAACAGUGCUUGGGACACAUUUGUGACCACACUUGCACUGCCACUUCUGCUCUUUGGGUUCUGAGCAGCCGUCUUAGAGAUCAGCUCUUGGAGCAGUCUAUUGAUGAGGUGAGGGCUGCCUGCUCAGGGGAGAUAAUGGUAGAGGUCUCCAGGCUCUUCUCUGGGGGCUCUCACUCCAGCAGCUGCGGCUUUGAUUGAAAAGGUAUGUGGCCCUCUGGAGCUGACUUCAACCAAAUGGCAUUGGUCUUUGAAAAAUGUACUUUAGCACAGCCCCUGUGGAACAUGUUUACUUAAGGAUUUUAACCCCGCUUAGAAGUGAGAAUGUGACUACAGCUGGACUGCCCCUCACUGAAAGCAUUUGCUACGAAUGUGUCUUCUGCUAAUAUGUUUAAAGAUCUAUAAUAAAAACAGAGUCAUUCUGAAAUAAAAGGGCAUUGACAUAAAAAGCAGUAAUGGUUGAUGCUAUCUGUUUUUUAAGAUAAGGGUUUUGUCACAAAGGCACGAUUUAUGGUGGGAAUACUGAGUAGCAGUAGUGUGGCAGGUGAUAAAUCACUUUUCUCACCACUGGAUAUUGAGAAAAGGGAUACAAAGACCUUUUAAAAAUAGGAAAAAUAAAAGCACUUUAGGCAUGUUGUUUAUGGAACACAUAGUAGAGAAAGUGCAGUAGGACUGAGAUUGUGUGUAUGUCGUUGACUGAAAUGUUUUAGUCUCAUUUGGAGGAAAACCAUAGUUAAGAUACAUUUUGUAAAACUGAAUCUUGAAUAACUUAGUCCACACACUGGACAGCAAAAAUCAUGCUUUUUAAUGUAGGGCUUUCAUGCAAGUUGAAGAGGUAGCUGUGAUGAUGAUAAAAAUUACUAUCUUUCUCUUCUUUUUAUCUUGUGCACAAGUUUUCUUCUGCCCACAGCCAGGUAGUGAGGAGCAAACAAAAGCAGACACAUUUAUAGGAUGUUAAGGGCAAGAACAAAACUAGUACCUUAGAGAUGCUUUGGGAACCUCUUGGAAGGCAUGAGUCCAGGGAGUGGUUAUAGAGCCUGGGGACCUCCUGGGCAUCUCCAUUGUCCUCCUUUGUUCCCUGUGCUGGUGGAAACUUGAUAUAUUGCCACAUGGAUGGGGCUCAUACGGGCCACCACUGAUGCUUCCUUGUAUAUGGGAAGACUCUGCUCCCAGAUCAGUCAAAAUCAAGAGUUAGCCUUUGAGGAAACCUGAAUCUAGGCAGCUGGUCAAUUGGAGCAAUAGAUUAUCUUAGAGAGGAUUCCUUCUUUUUUAGAGGACUCCGAGAAUGCAUAAUUCCAUCAGUAAGUGAGCAUGUGGGUUAAUGCUGCAUUAAUUACGUGUCUGGGGAUAUGUCAGGUGCAGGUGUGAGGACUCCUAUGCCACAUAGCAUAACACCAAAAAUCAAUUCAAGAAUUGUUUUCAUAUGCAGCCUUUACUUUUUGGCCAGUACAGAAACAAGUGAAAUAUGCCUGUAAUUAAUGCUAUAAAAUAGCAGUUCAUGGUCUUGAAUUUUGCUAAUAAAUUUGUCGUCUCUUCUAGAUGUGUGCCUCAUAAGAUGGUCAGUCAGUAUUCAUUUGUUUCAUCACUCAUUUGUUUUCUCAUUCAUGCAUUUAUUCAUUCCCUUGAGAAGUACUUGAGACCCUCUACAUGCCCAUUGUUGUCCUUGGUGCCAAUACACAGUGGAGUAGAAAACAGGACUCCUGUCUUCAUGCUGCUUAAUCCUAGUAGGGCAGAGCCAGGCAGUAAGUGAUACCACGUAUAUAACGUGUCGGUGGGGUAGUAUAAGUGCUUGGAAGAAAAAUGAAGCAGGGUAAGAGGACAGAAAGUAAUAGAAGGCUAAAGGCUGAAAUGGCAUCAUUUUCUCAGUCCCUCUCAGGUGUCAGUGUCACCCAACUCCUCUAUGCCACCUGCCUUUUAUUCUGAAAACAGCCUUGUGAGAGGGCAAGCAGGACUGUCAUUUCCAUUUACAGAAGAUGAAACUCAGGCACAGUGUUUAGGAGAUGGCCAAGAUGGCACAGCAGGUUGAUGUCAGGUCACUUAGAGCCCCUGUUCUCAACCCCUCAAGAGUUCCUUCUGUUCACCAUUGCCAGCCCUAGUCUGGCCCAGCACCUGGCGCUUUGGCCAGGGGCAGGCUCAGUGAGUGCAUGUUUGAACUGAGGUUCUGUGCUAAGCACUGGGAAGGAAGAGAAAGGUAACCUCAGGUCCUGCAUGGAGAAGACCCCAAACUAAUGAGGAGUGCGCCUAGGAAUACCCUGCCACAGGGCUGAGGUUUGGCACAGGGCUGUCUGUCCGCUGUGUCUGUCUAUAUAUUGUGUGUGUGCGGGUGUGAGGGUGGGAGGCUUCUGAGAAAGCUUCACUGAGGAGCAGCUGAUCUCAUUGCAGAGAAGACGAGAAAGGCAUUCUGUGCAGUGGAAAUUGUCAGUGUAGAAGCCUUGGGGCUUAAAAGAACGUGACAUGCAAGAGACAGGAAAUAUGUACUCUUGUACAGGUAUGCGGCACACGUGUGGCCCCCUCCCUCCCAGCGUCCUCACUAAAGAUUAUUAACCUGCUUACUCUGGUUCACCUGAGGCUGUUUUGAGAGAAUCUCAGAAUCUCAGUCUUCAUUUCACGCGACAUUCUUCGGGCUCCUCUUGUUCAUCUUUACAGACUGAAGUAUUUAUGAAGGACCUUCAGAAAUCUGAUUCCUCCUGAUGAAUCAAAGAGUAAAGAAGAAUUGAACAUGAUUAACCAGGUCAACGGCAAAGACUUAUCCAGAGCAACUCAUGACCAGGCUGUGGAAGCUUUCAAGACAGCCAAGGAGCCCAUAGUGGUACAGGUGUUGAGAAGAACGCCGAGGACCAAAAUGUUCACACCUCCGUCAGAGUCACAGCUGGUAGACACAGGAACCCAAACCGACAUCACCUUUGAACACAUCAUGGCCCUCACUAAGAUGUCCUCUCCCAGCCCGCCCGUGCUGGAUCCCUAUCUCUUGCCAGAGGAGCAUCCCUCAGCCCAUGAAUACUACGAUCCAAAUGACUACAUUGGAGACAUCCAUCAGGAGAUGGACAGGGAGGAGCUGGAGCUGGAGGAAGUGGACCUCUACAGAAUGAACAGCCAGGACAAGCUGGGCCUCACUGUGUGCUACCGGACGGAUGACGAAGAUGACAUUGGGAUUUAUAUCAGUGAGAUUGACCCUAACAGCAUUGCAGCCAAGGAUGGGCGCAUCCGAGAAGGAGACCGCAUUAUCCAGAUUAAUGGAAUAGAGGUGCAGAAUCGUGAAGAGGCUGUGGCUCUUCUAACCAGUGAAGAAAAUAAAAACUUUUCAUUGCUGAUUGCAAGACCUGAACUCCAGCUGGAUGAGGGCUGGAUGGACGAUGACAGAAAUGACUUUCUGGAUGACCUGCACAUGGACAUGCUGGAGGAGCAGCACCACCAAGCCAUGCAGUUCACAGCUAGUGUGCUUCAGCAGAAGAAGCACGAGGAAGAUGGCGGAACCACAGAUACAGCCACCAUCUUGUCCAACCAGCACGAGAAGGACAGUGGUGUGGGGCGGACCGACGAGAGCACCCGCAAUGACGAGAGUUCGGAGCAGGAGAACAAUGGCGACGACGCCACCGCAUCCUCCAACCCGCUGGCGGGGCAGAGGAAGCUCACCUGUAGCCAGGACACCUUGGGCAGCGGCGACCUGCCCUUCAGCAACGAGUCCUUCAUCUCGGCUGACUGCACGGACGCUGACUACCUGGGGAUCCCGGUAGACGAGUGCGAGCGCUUCCGCGAGCUCCUGGAGCUCAAGUGCCAGGUGAAGAGUGCCACCCCCUAUGGCCUGUACUACCCUAGCGGCCCCCUGGACGCCGGCAAGAGCGACCCCGAGAAUGUGGACAAGGAGCUGGAGCUGCUGAAUGAGGAGCUGCGCAGCAUCGAGCUGGAGUGCCUGAGCAUCGUGCGAGCCCACAAGAUGCAGCAGCUCAAGGAGCAGUACCGCGAGUCCUGGAUGCUGCACAACAGCGGCUUCCGCAACUACAACACCAGCAUCGACGUGCGCAGGCACGAGCUCUCGGACAUCACCGAGCUCCCAGAGAAAUCCGACAAGGACAGUUCGAGCGCCUACAACACGGGCGAGAGCUGCCGCAGCACCCCACUCACCCUGGAGAUCUCCCCCGACAACUCCUUGAGGAGAGCAGCAGAGGGCAUCAGCUGCCCGGGCAGCGAAGGGGCCGUGGGGACCACGGAAGCCUAUGGGCCAGCCCCAAAGAAUCUGCUUUCCAUCACGGAAGAUCCCGAAGUGGGCACCCUUAGCUACAGCCCAUCCCUGAAGGAGUUAGACCCCAGCCAGCCCCUGGAGAGCAAAGAGCGGAGAGCCAGCGACCGGAGCCCGAGCCCCACGCCCAGCCAGAAGCUGGGCAGCGCCUACCUGCGCUCCUACCACCACUCCCCGUACAAGCACGCGCACAUCCCGGCGCACGCCCAGCACUACCAGAGCUACAUGCAGCUGAUCCAGCAGAAGUCGGCCGUGGAGUACGCGCAGAGCCAGAUGAGCCUGGUGAGCAUGUGCAAGGACCUGACCUCCCCCACCCCAUCGGAGCCACGCAUGGAGUGGAAGGUGAAGAUCCGCAGCGACGGGACACGCUACAUAACCAAGCGGCCAGUGCGGGAUCGCCUGCUGCGGGAGCGAGCGCUGAAGAUCCGCGAGGAGCGCAGCGGCAUGACCACUGACGAUGACGCGGUGAGCGAGAUGAAGAUGGGGCGCUACUGGAGCAAGGAGGAGAGGAAGCAGCACCUGGUGAAGGCCAAGGAGCAGCGGCGGCGGCGCGAAUUCAUGAUGCAGAGCAGGUUGGAUUGUCUCAAGGAGCAGCAAGCAGCCGACGACAGGAAGGAGAUGAACAUCCUGGAACUGAGCCACAAAAAGAUGAUGAAGAAGAGAAAUAAAAAGAUCUUCGAUAACUGGAUGACUAUUCAAGAACUCUUAACCCAUGGCACAAAAUCCCCAGACGGCACUAGAGUAUACAAUUCCUUCCUGUCAGUGACUACUGUAUAAUUUUCAUUUCUGCAUUAUGUACAUAAAAGAGACCACUACCACUGGGGUAGAAAUUCCUGCCUCGUUCAAUGCGGCAAGUUUUUGUAUAUAAGAUAAAUAUGGUCUUCAUGUUUAUAGUCCAAAUUUGCAAACCCUACAACUCUGGGUGUCAUAGGUCUAUUUUAAGGGGAGAGAGAGAGAAAAAAACACCCUUACUAUCUUGGAGGGCAAUAUUAACAAACAGAGCUUUUUUCAAAUAGCAAUUGUACUUUUCUACCUGUACCCUUUUACAUAAAGUGUUUAAAUUUCAGAAAUAUCUUUUAUUAAGCAUACUUUCACAGAAUUUGUUUAAACUAUAUUCAUAUUAAAAAAGUUAAACACGCUUUUUUUCCUGCCUAAAACAAGUACAACUGCCAGUAUGUAUUUUUAAUGGAACCCUAUUUUAUAAUGUUACGUUACUGAAUGUGUUUCAUAUGCGUGACCGUUAAGGUAUUAUUUAGGUGAAGGUUUCAACUCAAAACUACCCAACCUGGUGGUUAACGAUUUAGUACACAUAACCAAACCCGCAGUGUUUUAGAGUUGAGAUAUAUAUUUAAACAUUUUCCUGGUUAAGGUUCCCAAGAGUGUAAAGGUUUUAACAGAAAGCAAAAUAUCAUGCAGCUUUAUGGAAGUUUAAAGCAUGUUUGCAAAUAUUGCAGCCCAUCGAAAGAAUUUGCAUGUACAGGAAAGUUGUGGAUGGAGAUGGUUUGUGGAAUUCUAAGUGCUCAUUGUAGUAAACUUUUGCUUUGUAGAUUUGAAGGUACAGACUUAUACAAGCAAGUUCACAAAAUCAUGAUUAGUUACAAACAUUAAGUAAAAUGAAGUUAAAAUAAAUUAUUAUUUUCUAUUUGA